AUGGCGAAUUGGGUGGAAUGGAUAGUGAAUGAGGUGGUGCAUGAGGCGCCCCAGCUGGUGCUGCUUGUGCUGGCUUUUGCCUUCACCACGGGCGUCUUCAUGGCCCUCUUCAUGGCCUUCGAGUACAUCUAUCGACGGAUGAGCGGCGGCCGGGAUCUGCUCAACACUUUCUUCCAUCGCGAUGUCAUCGCCCUCGAUCAGAUGGUUGAUGAAAUAGACGCCCUGCAGCGACAGCGAGACGAACAGCAGGCCAAGCGGCCAAGCGCGAGCAGCACACCAGCAUCUUCGACUUUGAGCGGGGACGAUGAUGUUGAAUUCAAUCGGCUUCAACGCGAUGCCGACAUGGAACAAACCAUCGCACGUGGCAAGCACGUGUGGGCUGCGCGACGAGAGCAUCUGCUACGCAAGCAGCAGCUGCUACGCGUCUCGGCCUGCGUGUGCGUGGCGCUCCUCAUCUUCUGGCGCAUGGGCGCCUUGGACUCGCGAUGGUGUGCCCUCUCCACCACCCAUCGACAGCUCGUCCACUCCCUUCUCGCCCACACCACCGCUGUGCUGGACGCGAGCGGGUUGGAGUACUGGGUGGACGGACCGACGCUACUCGCCGCCUACAGAGACAACACGCUGAGCGAAUGGGACGAUCGGUUGGUGCUGGCGACGUGGAAGGAGAACCAGCCCAAGGUGUGGAACACACUUCGACCCGCGCUGGAGCAGCGCGGGCGAUACUACCUCGAGAAGUACCGCGCACCGGUGGUGCCCGUGGCCAACCCGCCCGCGUUCCGCUUGCACUACGCCUCGCUCCAGCGGCACAUCAACCGGCUGCCCUACCUCGACAUCUACCUCUACAGCCGCGAAGGCAGCCCCGACAACGACAACUCAGAGAUGGAGACGCCGCGGGUGAAGGAGAGCGCAGUGCAGCCGCUGCGCAAUGUGACGCUGGACGGGGCGUCGUCGUCGUCGUCGUUGCCGCUCGCCUCCUAUCGGGUCCCUCUGCCGCACGACGUGCACACCUUUUUGGUUCGCCUGCUGGGCGACGCGUUCGACGCUCGCGCGAUCGACGAGGCCCACCACCGCAGCGUCAGCCUCGGCGGUGGCGGAGCGCGGGACCACGCCGACGGCCUGCACGGCUACAAGGCGCUGACGUGCCAGAUCUACCGGGACCAGGGCAACAACCUGGUCCUCUUCGCCCUGGCGGGCACCAUCAUCUACUUCGUCCUCGUCAUCUACGCCCUCCCUCGCGUCUCGUUCAACGAGCGCUGGCGUUUCUGA